UUUGAUGGCCGGGGGCAUUCAUCAUAGUUCAUAAACUUCCUGGAAAUUUCCUCCUGGCUCCCAAAAUCUGUUAGCUUGUCUACUUGGCGCAUUUGGGUUUUGUUUAUGGGACAGAAGCUAGUGCGCUGCAUUUAGAUGAUCUACAUCUAUCUCUCAUAAUAUUGAUUUGUCACAGGAAUUGAACAGUUGCUAUAGAGAUUCUAUAAAACUGAAAAUUAGUUUACAUUUGCUUUCUAGGUAGAGGAGAUCCUGAGUAAAAAAAAGAAAGAAAAAGAUGAUGUUCUGCAAGUAUGGUAGGGUUAUCUCUUUAUUAUUGAUUUUAGAAUACUCUCCUUCUUAUGUUUGUCAGAUUUUCUUGAUGCUAUAUAUGAAAUAUAGUACAAUUUUGAGCUUCUGGAAACGUUAGAUUUAAUAGCUUAUUUUAUCUUAUGUAUGAAAUAGUAUAGAACCAGGUCCAACAUGUACCCAUUCCUAUUUGGACUUGUUUACAUAGCAAGCAAUCUAAUUAGAAUAAUUUGGAGAUGGCAACUAAGGUAGAAACCUGAGUUCUGUAAGAAACAAUCACAAGCUUAUUUGCAUAUAAUAGCCAUUGCCUAUAAAAUUGGGUAUUCCAAAAUACACACAUGCAUGUAGGCAUGCAUAUAAAAAUACAAAAUUUGCUACAAAGCAAUAGAACAAUUACAGGUUUAGUCCAUAUUUAUGGCUUCCUGUCUACCAAAAUCUGCUAGGUCUAUAUGGGAGUAGACCAAAACCUAUCCUUGACAACCAGAUCAUGUAGCAUAAUACCUAAUCUAUAGACAAUGAAAUUGAUGACAUAGAACCUACCUUUCCACAUGACUAUCGACCAGGAAAUCCUUUAUGGAAAAUUUUUGUUGCAAUUUCAUCAUGGAAAAAACAAGAUGAUGGAAAGUAAUGCAUGACAUUGAGGCGUUACCCAUGGGCCUAGUGCUCCCAUGGUGGAUGAUGAGCUAGUGCAUCAUGUGGCUGCCCACUACUCAACUCAUUAGUGAUUUGCUUCUACAAUUUAACCCCUCCAUGUACCUCAUCCAAUCAUACAUCAGUAAUCCAGUCUCCCUCACCAUCAUAGUUGUUUUUGUCCUGGUCCCUGCCUAUCUCUCCCAAUAUAGUUCCAAUAAGGUUGCAAAUUACAGAGCUUGCCAUUAUAAUCAGAUCCUCUAGAAGUGUAGCAUCUUUGUUGUGGAGGACCUUGAAAACCAUUUCUUCAAAAUCUGAAAUGUCCUCUUGAUGAAAUUUUGUAGUUGUGCAUGUUGGUGGUUGAAGUGGUCCUUAUCAUCACCAUGGCGAUGGGUAUGAUCUUAUUGAAACUAACCAUUAUGGUCCUUCCAACCUUGAUGAUAGGCUUAAAAUUGUGUGUGCGCGCGCAUAGCCCAAAUUAAUAAUGUUGUGCUAGCCUGUAUUGAAUUAUGAAGGAAGGAAAGAAUUAUUAAAAUAAAAUAUAUUUUAAUUUGGAUACUGUAUAAUUCAUUGUUUACCUUUAGGAGCUGUGAAUUCUUCUUCUUUGGAUCUCCAUCUUAAAACCCAUAUGUUGGCUGCUGACCCUUCUAUCUAAUGUAGACAAAAGGGAAUUUGGUAGUCCAAGGAACAUCUACCUAUGGCAUUCUACUAGGUAAAUCCCUUGUGAUUGCUAUAAUUUGGGCUGCUCACUCUUCUUGAUCAUAUAGGUAAUGCAUCUUGUCAAUAGCACCUAUAGCAUUCUGUUCAUGGAUGAUAGAUUAUAUCACUUCCCAAAAAUCCAAACUAUGAGCUUACAAAUAUAUGUACAAAAGUUAAUGAUAAUUAGUUACCCUUAAUGCUUGUCUAUUGUCUCACUUGAGUGUUGAAACAUCUCAUAAGCAAACAAUUCAUGGUGCCAUGCCCAACACACAACAGAAAUAGCACUAACUGGUCCUUGCAACUUAUGCCUUUUGAAUCAGCAUGCAAUCCCCCUCACCAUGUGGUAUCACAGGAUGCAGUGAACAUGGUAGUCGUUAUCUAGAAUUAGUGGAUAGAUAUUUUAAUCUUAGACGAUGACAGCGUAUUUCCCUAUUUUCAUAAUGCAAAUGAUCAAUGAUGCUUGGGCAGAGACCUACCAAAUAUGCAAAUGAGACUAAUAUUGAUAAACUAAAGCUAUGUGCCAAAAAAAAGGGCAUGGGCCUCUUGUAGGUGGCCAAUUGGUUGUCAUGUUAAAAAACUCAUGUGAUGGAUGAGUUCAAAGCAAGUCAAACCUGCAAACCAACUGAUCAUUUGAUGGUGCUGAUAAGUAAUAUGGAUUGUAUGAGCUUGAGUUCGGUAAAAAAGAUAAGAUAUAGAAAUUAUUCCUAUGUUCCAUGCUUCUCUUCUCCUUUUAGAAGAAAUUAUUUGCAUCCUUUUGUUGUGAUGAGUAAUCCUAGAUAUGUGUUGCAUGCUCUUGACACUUGAUUCUUAUGUUUAUGUCAUCACUUGCAAAAUUUUAUGUAAUUUCAGGCGGUCGAGUAAAAAAUUUCAUGUUCUUGAGGAGUUCUUUGGCACUUAAUUUUUGCUAUGGCUUUUACUAAAUUGCAAUUUUGGUCUCUUCUAUCACAAUGACAUAUCGAGACUGGAGCAGCAAAGUAGUUUGGAUUAACCAAAGUAAUUUGUUGAGCUAAUGAACUUACUGAAAUCCAUAGGCUUAUGCUACUAUUCUGCAUCAUCUCAUCACAACUAACUUGCUGAUGGUUUGUAAAAUGAUGAUCGUAGUAAUGAGUAAGAACAAGAAACUGGAGCUACCUGAUAAUUUUCUAGUUUGAUACUUUGUUCAGAAAAAAAUAAUCAAACAUUCAAUAGAAAAUUUUACCUGUAGAUAAAGCAAGAGAAACUCGACAGUCUCUGAUUGCACUUGACUGUAGGCUGGAUGCAGCCAAGAAGGCUGUAGUGCAGUAAAAUUGACUUAUGAGUAAAUACUGAUCCCACUUUAUUGUUUUAUGAUUUCACCACUUCGAGUCUUAUGGAUGAUGCUUAUGUGACUUUUAACUUUAGUUAGCUAAGGUUUGGCCAUCAGAGAUUAGUUGGGAUCAUUGUCUUAUCUUUCAGGCUAUUAGUGGUAAGUUCGCUACAUAAUAAGAAGCUGAAUCCAACCAUACCUGACCAGAGCCCAAUGCACAUUGGGUAGAGUAUGGGUUUUAACAUUCCCGAACCCGACCUGAAGAUCCGAUGUGUCUCAUGAUGUUUUUAAAUUUAUGAGGUUUCACCCAAUCUAAUCCUUCAUUGAUUCGGUUUAGCGAAACCCGCACUCUGACCGACCUAAUAGCAACCCUAUAUAUGAUGGAGAAUGAAGUUUUUGGCAUUGAAGUGAAAUGAGCCUUUAAUUUCUUCUUCAUGACAUGGAACACAUGCAAAAUGCAUCAUUUAACCUAGAGUUUAGAAUGAAGUUUUGGUUGAUCAAAUUAAUAGUAAACACAACAGAUUGGCUUCAAAAGCUGAGCCUUAGGUCUAAACAGAGGUUUCAGAUGAGUCAAUUUAAAAUUUGACAUUUUCUAUGUCCAAGUCCGGCAAAUGCUAAGCUCUAAUCAAGAGGUGAAAUUGAAACAAGGACUCUAUGAAACUGCUUUGAAAACUACAAAAUCUAUUAAAACCCAAAAAGGUCUCCCUACACUACCAGACCCCAUGUCUAAUGGAAACUUCCAAACCCCUUCUCCAAGUAACCAAACCCCAAGUCUAAACCUCUUCUCCAAGUCACUUUGGAACAUGUUCUGGUCAAGGAGGGGUCUCUAAUGCGACGAAAGAAGAAAAACAGAUUCACCACCCAUUGUCCAGCCACGUGGCAGGUAGAUAUUGGCAUUUCUUUAUGGAAAUCAUCCAUCCCGCUUAAUUAUCUCAGACAAGACAAAACAAACCGAAUCGCAACCCUCCACGUUCCGACGACCAUGUGUCUUCUCACACCACCUCUCCAAUCACAGCCGUCCGAUGGAGAUCCAACGCAAACAACCUCCCCACCACCCCGAGAAGAAUCAAAGAUAAAAAAAUCCAUAUGAAAUGCCGUUGGUACCAAAAAGAUAAAAAAAUCCAACGGCCUGUGAUCGGCCCCCUCUCCGCCGCUUUCCGCGACCGCCCACCGGGGCACCCAUCCCGUUCUCCGCCAAGCCUCCUCCCCACCUUUAAAUACUCGCCGCCUCCACCUCCAUUCCAGCCCCAAGAAAAUAGAAUCCAGGGAGCAAGGAAAGAAGAAGAAAGGAGGAAUAGUCCGUAGCUUCCUCUCGCUCGCUUUCAGCCGGUAUAACCCACCCUCUCUCCCUCUCUGCCUUCCUUGUUAGGGUUAGUAUUAGGGGUUUCCAUUCCGAAGGCCACGGAACGGGAUCCGAGAUCGAGGGUUUGGACGGAUCCUCGGACGAUGCAGCCGGCCUCCUUCGAGAGCUCCCGCCCCCGAAAUGACCGGAGGACCGGUGGCGGCGGCGGACCCCGUCCUCACCACCGCGCCGCUGCUGGUGGAAACCGUCAGGAAUGGGUCCCCCGCGUAUCCGCCUCCUCCGCGGCCUCCAUCCACCAGCCGCCGUCUUCCGGCGGUGAUUCCAUCAACAUCCCCGGCCCUAAUCUCGGGCACAACCGCCAUCGGAACCACCACCCUGCCGGCCCGGCCUACGUGCCCCUCCCUGCGCACCCGGCGGAGGCGCCGCCGGACGGGGCGGAUCGGGGCGCCGUGCCGCAGCUGGUCCAGGAGAUCCAGGAUAAGCUCGCGAAGGGGGUCGUGGAGUGCAUGAUCUGCUACGAUAUGGUCCGCCGAUCUGCUCCGAUUUGGUCGUGCUCCAGCUGCUUCUCGAUCUUCCACCUCCCCUGCAUCCGGAAGUGGGCCCGCUCCCCCACCUCGGCCGACAUCUCCAUCCCUGCUGCUGCCCCCGAUGGCGGCGGCGGCGGGUGGCGGUGCCCCGGGUGCCAGUCGGUGCAGGCCACCCUGGCCAAGGAUCUCACCUACACCUGCUUCUGUGGCUGCCGCCGUGAUCCCCCCAAUGAUUUCUACCUCACCCCUCACUCGUGCGGCGAGUCCUGCGGGAAACCCCUCGACAAGAGUCCGCCGUCGUCUGCCGGGGAUGACGACAGCCGGUGCCCCCACGUGUGUGUUCUCCAGUGCCACCCGGGCCCCUGCCCGCCCUGCAAGGCAUUCGCCCCCGCCGCGUGCCCGUGUGGCAAGAAGACCAUCGUCCGGCGGUGCUCCGAUCGCAGGAGCCCAUUAACCUGCGGCCAGCUGUGCAACCACCUCCUCUCCUGUGGCCGCCACCGCUGCAAUCGUGUCUGCCACACCGGCGCUUGCAGCCCCUGCCAUGCCCUCAUCUCCGCCUCAUGCUUCUGCAAGAAGAAGACCGAGGUUGUGAUUUGCGGGGAUACGGCGGUGAAGGGUGAUCUCAAGGAGAUCGACGGGCUUUUCUCAUGUGAUUCCAUUUGUGGGCGCACUUUCUCUUGUGGGAAUCACCACUGCAAUGAGAAUUGCCAUCCGGGCCCGUGUGGGGAGUGUGAGCUCUUGCCCGGAAAGAUCAAAACUUGCCACUGUGGAAAAACUGAAUUGAAGGAGGAGAGGGAAAGUUGCUUGGAUCCGAUCCCUACCUGUUCAGGGGUUUGUGAAAAGCUCCUCAUUUGUGGGCUUCAUCGAUGCAAAGAGACUUGCCAUGAGGGGAACUGUCCGCCGUGUUUGGUUCAGGUCGAUCAGAAAUGCCGUUGUGGGUCAUCGAGCCGGACUGUGGACUGCUACAAGGUUUCCGAAGAAAGGGGCAAUUUUGUGUGUGAUAAGCCAUGUGGUCGGAAGAAGAACUGCGGGAGGCACCGGUGCAGCGAGCGCUGCUGCCCAUUGUCCAAGCCUGGCGCCCAGCUCUCAGGGGAUGAUUGGGAUCCACAUCUUUGCUCGAUGCCAUGCGAGAAGAAGCUUCGAUGUGGGCAGCACUCGUGCCAGCUGCUAUGCCACAGUGGCCACUGCCCACCAUGUCUUGAAACCAUUUUUACUGAUCUUACCUGUGCUUGUGGGAAGACAUCGAUCCCUCCGCCACUCCCUUGUGGCACUCCGGCCCCUUCAUGCCCCCACCCUUGCUUGUUCCCCCAGCCUUGUGGGCACUCAGCCUCGCACACCUGCCAUUUUGGGGAUUGUCCACCAUGUUCGGUCCCUGUGGCAAAGGAAUGCGUUGGAGGGCAUGUGCUGCUAAGAAACAUACCUUGUGGAUCGAAAGAUAUUCGUUGCAACCAGCUCUGCGGUAAGACUCGGCAAUGUGGAUUGCAUGCUUGUGCGAGAACCUGCCAUCCUCCUCCUUGUGAUACUUCAGGUCUCUCUGGCUCUGGCUCUGUCUCUGGGGUGAAGGCUUCAUGUGGGCAGGUCUGUGGUGCUCCUAGGAGGGAUUGCAAGCACACUUGCACUGCUCCAUGUCAUCCUUCAGCACCCUGCCCCGAUCUCAGGUGUGAUUUCCCUGUUACCAUCACUUGUUCUUGUGGCCGGAUAACUGCCAGUGUGCCCUGUGGAGCUGGAGGCAGCACAAGUGGGUUCCUUGUAGACCCAAUGUUUGAAGCCUCUAUCAUUCAGAAGCUCCCUGUUCCCUUACAGCCAGUGGAAGCCAAUGGGAAGAAGGUGCCUCUUGGACAGAGGAAGCUCACCUGUGAUGAGGAGUGUGCGAAGCUGGAGAGGAAACGGGUCCUUGCGGAGGCAUUUGACAUAACUCCCCCUAACAUGGAUGCCUUGCAUUUUGGUGAGAACACUACAGCAUCAGACUUGCUUGCUGACCUCUUCAGACGAGAACCGAAGUGGGUGUUGGCUGUGGAAGAGAGGUUCAAGUUCAUGGUGCUUGGAAAAGCCAAGGGAGGUGCAUCAAGUGGCCUCAGAGUCCAUGUCUUCAGUCAUAUGUCGAAGGAGAAGAGAGAUGCUGUUAGGCAUAUAGCUGAGAGAUGGAAACUCUCAGUCCAAGCAGCAGGUUGGGAGCCGAAGCGGUUCCUAGUAGUUCAUGUUACACCCAAGUCCAGGCCUCCUGCUCGGAUCCUGAACUCUAAACCCGGCAUUCCAGUAACUGCUCCCCAUCCACCGGCUUAUGAUCCCCUGAUCGACAUGGAUCCUAGGCUUGUCGUUGCAAUGCUAGACUUGCCAAGGGAUGCAGAUAUAAGUGCAUUAGUUCUGAGGUUUGGUGGAGAAUGUGAGCUGGUGUGGUUGAAUGACAAGAAUGCUUUAGCUGUUUUCGGGGAUCCAGCAAGGGCGGCGACUGCUCUAAGGCGGUUGGAUCAUGGGUCUCCUUACCAGGGUGCUGUAGUGGUUCUUCAUAAUGCUGGGGCAUCAGGUCCUUUGGUGAGUAAUGCAUGGGGAGUGGGAUUGAGGGUAGGGGGAGUGACUGCAAAGAGCAGCAAUCCAUGGAAGAAGGCUCUUGCCUCAGAAUCGGAUUCAUGGGGUGGGGACUGGUCUGGUGGGCCUGAUGCAGCAGUGCCUGUGCCUGUGUGGAGAGGGAACGAAGCUGCCCCAAUCUCAGCUUCCUCAAACCGGUGGAAUGUUCUCAAUUCAGAUGUGGGUAUGAAUUUGAUGUCAUCUGACUCAGUGGAGGAUCGUGGUUCACAUCCUGGGUUGGAAGGUGGUGUGGUGAUGGAAUCAAGAGCAGGUGGUUUAAGUUCAGCAGGGCAGGGUGAUGGAGUUGGUAAGGUAGAGAUGCCUGAAGAGGUGGAUGAUUGGGAAGAAGCUUAUGAGUAAGAGAAAAGCAGGUAAAGUUUGCUUGCUUGCUUUAAUCUUUUUGUUUUUUUGGUUUGGCAAGAUUGUCCAGAAUCGGUGGUUAAUGUGAAGAAAUAUAUGGGUGGUUAUAUACCUAUUGUGGAUUUAAAGUUAUCUUAUUCAUUCCUCUGUGGUUUCCUUUUUGUCAGAGUUCAUUGAGGAGAAUCGUGCAUUUAGUUUUGAUUACUAUUUUCUUCAUACUCUGUAUCUAUGUGUUACAUUUUUUGAAUAUGAUGAAUGAGGAUUGUGGACAAGGCUCACUGUUGCAGAUA